GAGCGGGAGCGGAGGGGUGUGCGCGCGUGUGCCGGGGAGAGCCGGCGAGCGGAGGACACCGCCGACGGCUCCGCACACUCCUCCCUCCGCGCCAAGUGAAGCAGCAAGUUUGCCGUGCACCUGUUUGAGCAGCUAGAAUCCCCGUCGCCGCCGAGCCCCGAAAGUGAUUUGCAAAAGGGAGAAAGUUUUUCGCCGGCGGGGUCGCCGAUCGCUCUCCUCGCGGUUUUCUUCUCCUCCUCCUCCUCUUUUUUUUUUUUUCUUUUUUUUUUUUUUUUCCACGGCGGUCGCUACCUAGAUACAAACGGGUUUUGCCUCGCUCGCUCCCCGUCCUCCCGGGCUCCUCUAUGUUUGAUUCUUUUUUCACGCCUGGCGCCGGUGGAAAAUAAAAAAGCUACUUGAAUGUACAGCAUGAUGAUGGAGACGGACUUGCACUCCCCCGGCGGAGCCCAGGCCCCCACGAACCUCUCGGGGCAGACCGGAGCGGGAGGCGGCGGCGGAGGCGGCGGCGGGGGGAACAAAGCGAACCAGGACCGGGUCAAGAGACCCAUGAACGCCUUCAUGGUGUGGUCGCGGGGCCAGCGGCGGAAGAUGGCCCAGGAGAACCCCAAAAUGCACAACUCGGAGAUCAGCAAGCGCUUGGGGGCCGAGUGGAAAGUCAUGUCGGAGGCCGAGAAGAGACCGUUCAUCGACGAGGCGAAGCGGCUGCGGGCGCUACACAUGAAGGAGCACCCGGAUUAUAAAUACCGGCCCCGGCGGAAGACCAAGACCCUGCUCAAGAAGGACAAGUACUCCCUGGCCGGGGGGCUGCUGAGCGCCGGCUCGGCCGGGGGAGGCCCGGCCAGCGUCGGCGUGGGCAUGGGCGUCGGCGUCAGCCCCGGCGGCGUCGGGCAGCGGCUGGAGAGCCCCGGCGGCACGGCCAGCGGCGGCUACGCGCACAUGAACGGCUGGGCCAACGGCGCCUACCCGGGCUCGGUGGCGGCGGCGGCGGCGGCGGCGGCGAUGAUGCAGGAGGCGCAGCUCGCCUACAGCCAGCACCCGGGCAGCGGGGGGCACCCGCACCACCCGCACCCCCACCACCCGCACCACCCGCACAACCCGCAGCCCAUGCACCGCUACGACAUGGGCGCCCUGCAGUACAGCCCCAUCUCCAACUCGCAGGGGUACAUGAGCGCCUCGCCUUCCGGCUACGGCGCCCUGCCCUACGGCUCCCAGCCCCACCAGAACUCGGCGGCGGCGGCGGCGGCAGCGGCGGCGGCGGCGGCCGCCUCCUCGGGGGCGCUGGGCGCCCUGGGCUCGCUGGUGAAGUCGGAGCCCAGCGUGAGCCCGCCCGUCACCUCGCACUCGCGGGCCCCGUGCCCCGGGGACCUGCGGGAGAUGAUCAGCAUGUACUUACCGGCCGGGGAAGGCGGGGAUCCGGCGGCCGCCGCCGCUCAGAGCCGGCUCCACUCCCUGCCCCAGCACUACCAGAGCGCCAGCACGGGGGUGAACGGCACCGUCCCCUUGACGCAUAUCUGAGCCCCCGCCGGCCGCCGACACCGGCGCCGGGAGCGGCGGAGGCGGGCGCGGGCGCGGGCACAGGCACAGGCACCGGCUCGGCCACCGGCACCGGCCCCGACCCCGGGCCGCCCCGCAGGACUGCGCGCCCCGCCGCCGCCACCGCACGCUCAGCCCCCGGCCGCCCGCCCGCGCCCCGGCCCCGCGCCGCUCCUGCCCCGCUCCCGCGUUCCCCCCUCUUAUUUUUGCCUCUGGCUCCCCUUCCCUCCCGCCCUCCCCCGCCUCUCUUUAUUUUUUUUUCCCCUUUUCUUUCUUCCUUCCUUUUUGUACAGAAAUGUUUUGAUGUUCUUGUAAUAAUAAUAAUAAAUAAUAAUAAUAAUAAUAACGAGAGAGAAAAAAGGUAACGGUUGCUUUACUUACCUUUUUUUUAGAAGGACUAGUUUAUGAAACUAGUUUUAGACUGAACUUCUGUGUUUUAUCGAGACUUUUUGUACAGUAUUUAUCAUUCACCCAAGAGACAGAGCGUUUAUUUGCAAAAGAGGAGAGAGAGAGAGAAAGAGAAAAAGAAAGGGAAAGGGAAAAAAAAAAAGACGGUGAAAAGACAAAAAAAAAAUUAUCAAUAAUAACCACACAAAAUUGUAGGCGAUGCCAACUUUUAUACCGCGCGGAACCGCUACGAUUUCAGUCACGGAUCGCUUCUUGCGAAGGCUUUUUAUUGCCUAAUUAACUCGAAGCUGAUGGGGAAACAGUUCUCAUUUAUUACUCAUGUACUAAGGCAAAUCCAAAACAACACUUAAAAGUUUUUUUGUAGAUGUUCUCGCGGUUUUUUUGGUUUUGUUUUUAUUUUAUUUUAUUUUGUUAUUUGUUUGUUUAUUUAUAAAACUUUUUUUUUCCUUUGGAGGCUGCAAUGGGUUUUUUUUCUGGGUUUUGUAAAACUUUAUUGUAUCUGGAUAUUUUUUGUUUGUUUGUUUUCUCUUUGGUUUUGUUUUCUUUUUUGUAUCAUUUCUUGUAAAUGCAUUGUGAAAUAAUUUUUAUUUAGGCGUUACGAGGGAAUUCAGAUUGUGUAUAUAGUUUACUAAAAAGCUUUUCUGCUAAACAGAAAUCCUAAGGAUGCGUUCAAUUUUGAGUUAAAUAAAUUUCA